UCCCAUUCCCACUCCCACUUCCACUUCCACACUCCCUUCCAAAUACCCUAUCACGGUCAUGCCAGCGGUAAUAGUGGGAAUAGUCGCACGUCGAACCAUAGUCAGGGUAGUAGUAGCAGGCGCUGCAGUCGGACGAGGAGGUGUGGCCCCGCGCGUGGUACAGCGAGUGCUCGUAGCGGCGGUCGCAGCGGACGAGGCGGCGUUGGCGGACGUGGCCGCAUCGGUAGUAGUCUGUGUAGGUUAUGCACAUUUUUGCUUUGCUGUGCUGUGCCUAUGGUACCGGCUCGGUUUUGAAUCGGGCUUUUCUUUCUUUUUUGGGGGAGGGAGUUCGUCUCGGUUGUUGAAGUCUAAGUCUUAAAGGCUUAGGUUGAUGGCGAAGACUUUGUUUGUCUGUCUGUUUGUUUGUUUGUUGUUGGCUUGGUGGUGGUUCCGCUUUUUGGUCAGGAUGUUAUUGAGGGAGUUUUUUGGGGAUUUGUGACACUAAUAAGUAGUGUUGAUAACCUGACUGGGAGUGACGCUGAGGAUA